UUCCCAAGAGGCAUUCAGAUUCUGUGAACUUUCUAAGCAUCCUCUCUCAAAUUUCCUUUCAGCAUAAAAGAAGGGGCACAGGGACCACAGGACAGGAAAACGCAGAAGAUGCUGGCCUGGGAUCCAGGAGACAUGGAAGAGGAGAGUCGGGGGAGGGGAAGAGCCGGAUAGGCAAUCUGUUCGGAAGCUAGCAAGCAAAGGAGCGGGGGAUUCCAGGAUGAGGGAGGCAGAGCCGUGGUGAAUUCGUCUGCGGCAGAUUGAUGUCUGUGUCCUUGGAACAGAAGUGGCUUCUGCCUCUGCCUGCUGAGUGCACAGCUGAGCAUGGUGACGACUUGAAGACAUAGCCCACGCUUUUCUAACUGACCCCUACCUGUGCCUCCAGACUCAUGGUGUUUUCCAGAUUCAGGGGUCCAGACGGUGGGUGUCACUUGGGACUCACCCCUCCCUGGGACGCAAAGUGCACCUCUUGAGAUUCCAGAGGCCACGGAGAGUGAACAGUCAGGCUUUCGGGAGCCCCAUGGGUACAUACUUCUCCCCCAUCCUAAAUCUCUGGCCCCAGGUCUUUUGUGAACUCAUGCCCACUGGGCCACCAAGAGAAAUGGCCUCUGGGACCUUGAAUGCUAGAGAUCAAGGUGCUGUUCUGACUUCCUAAUCAGUCCCAGACCUAGGACAAGGCUUAAGUUUCCUUAGAUGAAGUGCCAGGACCUUUAAAGGGCACCUUUCAUCUCCCUCACAUCCUCCUCUGCCCCACCUGUCAGACACAGCACAAGAGGAAGCAUCCAGCAGGCAUGGGUGACAGAGGCACAAAAGAUCUGCAGGGACCCUUCCAGGACCUGCUGACAGCCACUCCAGCUCCAUCCUUGUUCCCUUCCUAUCUUAAGCUUUGAUCAUCCUUUCAGACCCUGGGGUACUUCACCCGGGUCCUCGCUCCCCAGGCUCUACAAAGGGACAUCCUAUGGAUCGUAGGAAGUCCUUGGGUGUUUAGAGGCUCCCAAGGAAGUGUGAACCAUGAUAGCAUUCUCGCAGAAGCCCCACCUUCCAGACUCAGGCCUCUGAUGUAGCAGCCUCCCUGUAACUUGACUGUUGGACCUAGGGACACCGCUCUCAUGGGCUCCCUACAGCACUGCUGCUGCCAGCUGCCAAAGAUGGGUGACACCUGGGCCCGGCUUCCCUGGCCCGGGCCUCCCCACUCAGCCUUGUUGCUGGUCUUCUUCCUCUUGGCAGCUGGGGUGAGGCACGCUGAUGCGGGUACCAGUUGCCCAGUCCUUUGUACAUGUCGUAACCAAGUAGUGGACUGCAGCAACCAGCGGCUGUUCUCCGUACCCCCGGACCUGCCAAUGGAUACCCGCAACCUCAGCCUAGCCCACAAUCGCAUUGCAGCUGUACCGCCAGGCUAUCUCACAUGCUACAUGGAACUCCGCGUGCUGGAUUUGCGAAACAACUCCUUGAUGGAGCUGCCCCCUGGCCUCUUUCUCCACGCCAAGCGCUUAGCACACCUGGAUCUGAGCUACAAUAACCUUAGUCACGUGCCAGCCGACAUGUUCCGGGAGGCUCACGGACUGGUGCAUAUCGACCUGAGCCACAACCCCUGGCUGCGGAGGGUGCACCCCCAGGCCUUCCAGGGCCUUGUGCAUCUCAGAGACCUGGACCUCAGCUAUGGUGGCCUGGCUUUUCUGAGCCUUGAAGCCCUUGAGGGUCUCCCGGGGCUGGUGACCCUACAGAUCGGGGGUAACCCAUGGGUAUGCGGCUGCACCAUGGAGCCCUUGCUGAAGUGGCUUAGGAAUCGGAUACAGCGCUGUACAGCGGAUUCUCAGCUGGCUGAGUGUCGGGGGCCCCCUGAAGUUGAGGGUGCCCCGCUCUUUUCACUCACGGAAGAGAGCUUCAAGGCCUGCCACCUGACUCUGACCCUGGAUGAUUACCUCUUCAUCGCAUUUGUGGGCUUUGUGGUCUCCAUCGCUUCUGUAGCCACCAACUUCCUCCUGGGCAUCACGGCCAACUGCUGUCACCGCUGGAGCAAGGCCAAUGAAGAAGAGGAGAUUUGACACAGGUGCCUCUCAUCCCUCCAUGCUGCUGCCACUGCUGCUGACCACUGGACACCUUGUAUCACGGUGCCCUGGCCACCUCCAUCAUAGCUCAAACAAGGUUGGAAAGCUAACUUUGUAUGAGCAUCUAUCUACUUUGGGCCAGACACUGUGCUAGCAACUGGGAAUGAAAGACAAAUUCAAUCCAGUCCCUGCCCUUGAGGUACUUACUUCUAAUAAAGGAAAGCAAUUCCAAAACAUCCUUUUAUGACAAAAUGCUAGUACUCUGAGCAUAGAGUAAGGGAAGCCAAGCAGAGGGUCCAUCAUCUGUGCCUCACGAAGUCCAAGAAGAAUUGUAGAAAUCAUCUGUUAAGUAGAGAGGGAAGGGUGGACAUAGCAAAUGAUAGACAUAGUGUGUAGAUUGUGUUGAGAGCAGCAAAGUAUUCCCUGUGGCCUAAAUGCAUAGAGGAGCUAUGUGCAAAAGCAAAGCACAUGUUGACACCCAAUUUUGCAGUUCCCACUGCUGCCUGCCACUGCCCUCCAGGAGUGAGAUAGCCUCCAUGCCAGACACCUUGACCUUUUCCCACUAGCAGCUUUGGGGUGAAAGGACCUUCCAGUGACUUUCUUAUACUGCCCCAAUUCCAGUCUAAUUGUGUGGUAAUCACCCCCAGCAACCUUCCUCCUAUCCCUGUCUCUGCUUUUGACUUAAGCCUUGUCUUCAAAGAAAAGACAGGAAGCCUCACAAUGAGGCACCAAAAAUCUUGGCACCCUGGGACCCCAAUUUAUGUGACUGUUCUUUCCAUGGUGCUCACACCAAAGGAACUCACCAGGAAAGUGCACUGUAGGGUGCAGAUCCUAGCAUGGCAGUGCCCCCCCUCCCCAGCAGGAGGACAAAGCCACUACAGGAUAGUAUAUCUUCUCUCCUUAUAACUCACUCAUUUGAGCAUAAAGAAUAACUAUUAAUUGCUGGUUCUUGCUAAUGUCAGGCGGUAUGAUAAGCUCCCUCCACAACAGUUUCCUUUUACACAUACAACAGCCCUUUCAGGGGGAUUUAUUGUUCCCAUUUGGCAGAUGAGGUCACCGGGCUCAGAAAAGAUAAGGUAGCAUGCUAUGUGUCUAUCAAAAUAAAAUCAGUAUUCUUCAUCACAAUUCUUUCUAAAGCUAUAUAAAUUCAAGUUCAAGUCAUGCUCAUGAAGUGGCUGAUAAGGACCAGGCACUCCUCCGGUGUGGUUCUAUUUGCUGAUUCAUCUCUUGCCAUUCUCACUGCCCGGUAGUUUUUGUCAUUCCCACUUUCCAGUUGAAUUCACUGUGGAGAGUUAGGAUGCUUAUCCAAAUUAUCUGUAUAAACAAAGAGUAUGACAGGUGACGCCACUGAGGAAAUAUGUAUCUAAUCAGUCAGAAACCAAGGACUCUAUGGGAAACACGAUGCUCAACCGUCUUUGUCAUCAUCUUCAUCUUCCUCAUCCCUGUCACCUGCUUCAUCGUGAUCUUCCCUGUCUCCUUGGGCACUGGACAGUCUAGGAUGCUUCUUUUGUAUUCUUCUCCUGUGUGGGAAACAAGUCAAAAUGAUGUCUUACAGAAUGGAAAGCAGAGGCUAAAGGUUGGGUGUGCCUUCAGCCUAAGGCUGGACUCAGUUCUGUCAUGGUUCUCUUUCCAGUGCUUCCUCAGGCACCUGAGGGAAGAGAAUGUCCCAGAAGCCUGCAUAGCAGCACUGUAGAAUUCAGCACUCAUUAUAACAAUAAUAAUCACAAAACCCAAUAAAAGGCAGUAAAGCCCAGCUGCAUACAGACUAUGUUCACGGUGAGGCAACUCCAGCCUCUAAAACAGAGGCACCACAAGUGACAUCUAAACAGAAGACGCCUCCUUAACAGAGUAUAAGCACAUCAUUAGAACUGGUGGCUGUGAUGACUGUCGUUUUUUUUUUUU